UGAUUGGUCCACAUUAAAAAUAAUCCAGAGAGUUUGGAAGUUUUGUAUCUCACUUUUUCUUUUGUGAUUCCCCACUUGCUAUUAAUGAGUUUGAUAGUAAUGUUGGUUUCUGUGGGUUUUAAAAGUUGGGACUUGCUUCUGGGUCUGGAACGCAGAGGAAGAACUUCAUUAAUUUAUUUUGCUUUGUUGUGGUAAGUUAUCUCUUUUCGGAGAUAACUUAGACAAACCAAUCGAGAUUGUGCAUAUUUGGAAGUGGGUUUUAGUCCUUAGGGUUUUUGGGUUGAAACCCAGUUCAAAUUUGAGGAUUUUAGUGCUGAAGAGCAAUAAAGUUUGAAUUUUUGGUAACUGAAGGGAGUGAGAAGGUCAAAAUAUUUUUUUUCCAGACUUCUUGUAUGCAUUAUCAAUUUAUAGCGGAAAUUUAUAUGUGUGAAUUUGAAGGCAGAUUCAGGUUCAAAAAUAGUAUAAUUUAGAUAUUCAUUCAGGUUUGUUAGCUUGAAUUGAUUGGUUUUUGGUAUAGGAGAUGUUUGAUAGAAGUUUGUCAGUAUCUCUUCAUACAUUAAAUUACCCAUCCUGUAUAUUGGGUUUUGGAAAUAGUCACAGAAGUGUGUAUAAGACAAGGUUAAAUCCAGUUCUAGCUAUGCCUCCUCCAUCAGUUUUCUUAACCACAGAUGAAAAUGGAAAAUUUCAAGAAUUUAAUAAGAGUUCUGGUUCAAAUGAAGCUUCACUAGGCAUCGAUUCUUUGCAUAAUCAAGCUAAAACAGUUGGUAUAAUUGGAGGAGUAUCAGUGAAGUCUACUUUGAAUUUUUUGACCAAAUUGGUCCAACUGAGUGGUCAAGAAAAUAGCAUUCCCUUGGUGCUCUGCUCUGAUCCUCUGUUAAGUAAGGAGUUAGUGUUAUAUCAGAGGAACUCUUUUCCUUCUGUCAAUGGAAAAAAUGGAUGUGCUCAAGUUGACCCUACCUUAAUUGUUGAGAAUUUGCGGAGUAAAAGGAUUUUUCUUGAGAAAUCAGGAGCUCGUUGCAUCAUAAUGCCUUGUCAUCUCUCUCAUACUUGGCAUGAUCAGGUUUCUAGUGGAUGUUCUGUUCCUUUCUUGCAUGUAAGUGAGUGUGUUGCCAAGGAGCUGAAGGAAGCAAAACUCAAGCCUCUUGAAGCUGGGAGUCCCUUGAGGAUUGGGGUGCUUGCCACAAAUGCAGGGUUUUACCAGGACAAACUUCAGAGUGAGGGAUUUGAAGUGGUGCUACCAGAUAAAGCAACCAUAGAACACACAGUUAUCCCUGCAGUAGACGCUUUAAACAGAAAGGACAUGGAAGGAGCCCAGAAUUUGAUGAGAAUUGCCCUUCAGGUAUUGUUGGUACGGGCAGUGAACACUGUCAUCCUGGCAUCAGAUGAUAUGCGGGAUAUCUUGCCUCAAGAUGAUCCCCUUCUUAAGAAAUGCAUCAACCCACUGGAUAUACUUGCCAGGUCAACUAUCAAGUGGGCAAAUUCUGCUGAAAGAGCUACAUAAAGUGUGUCAACAAAUUUGACUAAUCUAGUUCAUCAUCCAUCUCUUUGCAAAAUUUAUGUGUACAUGUGUUAAACAGAUAUUGUCAUCAUUUAAGCCGAAUUUGUGUUUAUUUGAAGAUUAAAAUGUGAAACAUGUCCUUUUUAGACGAGUUAAAUUCUUCAAUCUGAAAAUCCCUUUUGUAUCUUGACUUCCUAAAGAAUGCAGGAUUGUUUUCUAA